GAGGCGCGCAGGCGCAAAGAUCGCGCGGCUCUCGCGGGACCUGGCGGGUUACGUCUGUACUCUGGGAGACACAACAAACAUGGAGGCGGCGGAGGAAGGAAUUGUGGGCGGUGGGUGCCCCAAAGUGCAGCGCAGAGUUCAACAAAUGGAACCUCAGUUAACUUAAGCCUAUAAGUAGCUGGUGAAAACAGAAAGAAGAAUACAAGAGGCAUUACAGUUUUGAGAAUAUCUCCAUAUAUAAUGGAACAUGCAUUUCAAGAGUGGAUUUUUGAUGUCUCUUUCAUUGGUUUGGAUUUUAUUUGGAUUGAUAAGGCCCACAACAUUGUGAAGCUUUAGUGUGAAUAUGGGUGAAAAGAAACCAGAACCUUUGGAUUUUGUAAAAGAUUUUCAGGAAUAUUUGACUCAGCAGACUCAACAUGUGAACAUGAUUUCAGGUUCUGUUAGUGGGGACAAGGAAGCUGAGACUCUUCAGGGUGCAGGGACCGAAGGUGAUCAAAAUGGACUAGAUCAUCCUUCAGUUGAAGUCUCAUUGGAUGAAAACUCAGGAGUGUUAGUAGAUGGAUUCGAACGAACUUUUGAUGGAAAAUUGAAGUGUCGAUAUUGUAACUAUGCCAGCAAAGGAACCGCACGUCUCAUAGAACAUAUCAGAAUUCACACAGGUGAGAAGCCACAUCGAUGCCAUUUAUGCCCCUUUGCAUCUGCCUAUGAACGUCAUUUGGAAGCUCAUAUGCGAUCACAUACUGGUGAAAAACCUUAUAAAUGUGAACUGUGUUCCUUCCGCUGUAGUGACAGGAGCAACUUGUCACACCAUCGCAGACGUAAACAUAAAAUGGUGCCUAUAAAGGGAACAAGACCCUCCCUUAGUAGCAAGAAGAUGUGGGGAGUCUUGCAGAAGAAGACCAGUAACUUGGGGUACAGCCGAAGAACACUAAUUAAUUUGAGUCCACCUUCCAUGGUGGUUCAGAAGCCAGAUUACCUUAAUGACUUCACCCAUGAAAUCCCCAACAUUCAGACUGAAGCAUAUGAUAGUAUGACAAAGCCAACAGAGACUGGUGGGUUACCAAGAGACCCACAAGAUCUUAUGGUAGAUAAUCCUUUAAACCAGCUUUCCACAUUAGCAGGACAGUUGUCUAGCCUGCCUCCUGAAAACCAAAACCCACCAUCCCCUGAUGUUGUCCCUUGUCAAGAUGAAAAGCCUUUUAUGAUGCAGCAGCCUGCUGCACCAGCUCUUCCAGCUGUGGCAACAAGUAUUCCUCGGAGCUCACCCCCUACAAGUCCUGAUCCUCGUCCUGCACAUACUCAAAGAAACUACAGUCCAGUGGCAGGUCCCAGCAGUGACCACAGUGCCCAUGCCAGUACUCCGAGUAUAAGUAAUAGUCAGCCAAGUACUCCAGCACCAACUCUUCCAGUUCAGGAUCCUCAGCUUCUGCAUCACUGCCAGCACUGUGAUAUGUAUUUUGCUGACAAUAUUCUUUAUACUAUUCAUAUGGGAUGUCAUGGAUUUGAAAAUCCUUUCCAGUGUAACAUAUGUGGUUGCAAGUGUAAAAACAAGUAUGACUUUGCUUGCCACUUUGCCCGAGGCCAACAUAACCAGCAUUGAUUGAAUACAAGGAGCAUCUUGCUUUCUUUCAUUUUGUGUGUCUAAGCACAUUGCUAUCUGUCUCUUACAUCAUAUGAGAGUACUUGCCCUUUUGGAAUAAUUAAGCAGUUUAACAUUGAAGGCAAAUGUCUUUACAUACUGUCAUGAUUUGUUGGGUAUAUGCUUCUUAGUCAUGGUGGUGGUCUUCAUGUGGUUCCUUAAUGGAAAUGAUGCUCACAGUGCAAUUAAAUUUCCGUAUGGAUUGUUAGCAUAACCACUUUAAUGUGGAUUUCUGGAACAAUGCCUGUAUUUAAGUACAAUUUAUAGCCUACAGACUAAGCUGUACCAUAAAACAGCUUAUUCAUUCUUUUGCCACAUUUAAUGUGCUUCGAUGUGGCUAAUGUAGAAAUCAUUCUGUUGUAUAUCAACUGACUACACCCCUAAAUUGCUAAGAAAUCUUUUUGUAGGAAUUAAACAAGGAAAUAUUCAUUUCUACAGCUAACUUUAAAAUCUGACAAUGUAUUUGCAGUGAGGCCUCUAAAACUCAUGUAAGUAGCAAUGGAAGCUAGAAGGAUAGCAUUUUUUUAAAAAACAAACAAACUGCACAUGGGAAAGACUCCCACUUUCCAGUACUAUUGAUCUCCUUAAGAAAUAACAUGGAAAUGGUGCCUAGUUUUAAUUAUCAAUAACCCUUAAUGCUGUGGGUAAAAAACAAAACAAAAUGGGAAAUGUUAGAAUGACGUACUGUAAUACUCAUUCCUCACUUGGUGGUCAAUUAUAAAUAACUGCUGCCUUUAAGUGCUGGUGUGAGUGCCAUUUUUUUUCUUGGCCUUCUAUUCAUGGCAUAUUAACCACCUGGGUAGCAUGACUUUGAUGUCAGUAUCCCUUUCAAAUAGUGUUUAAAUAUGAACCAUUAAUGCAUUUCCUUUUGAAAACUAUUCUAGUCAAUGUACACAGUGGUGGAUAUCAUGUAGUGUUCUCUGGGCAAGUGCUUUGGUUGUAGUUCUUGACUGGACCAAACAAGUGAAGACAAGAAGACAAGACUAAUUGCAGUGAAUGAAUAUUACAGAAUGAUAUGUGGUAGUCAAAUUUUAAAAACUGUGUACCUUAACAUUGUCCAACUUCCUACAAAAGUGAAAGGGAAUAGGCACUUUAAACAAAACAUGCUGGCAAAAACUAUGGAGUGCUGGCUUCAUAAUGGGAAACCUUAAUGGACUUUUUUUUGGGGGGGGAUACUUAUUUCAACAUGCACUUUGAUUGUAUCAUUUAAUACACUCAGUCUUAUUUACCUUGAAA